UCUUUUAUUUGCAAUAUAUAACUCCUCGGUGCCAUAAAAUUUGAAAUUAGCUGUUUCGAUUGUGGGUUCAAAUUUUCUUCUGGAUCUGUCGUUGUUUCUUAGGCAAUCGGGCGACAUUAUAAAGGGUAUGUGUUCUUACCGUUCGGAAGCAUCUUGAAGUUCCUGCCAGAGUUUUAGAAGGCUUUAAAUUAACUUAUAAGCCAAGAGAGAAGGAGAGGAGAACUAAAAGGAAGAAGAAAGGGAUCAAUUCAAAAAGAGAGGGAAAGCAAGCACGAUAAGCCUUUUUCUGCACAAAAGUUCAACAACUAGGACUUGCCCAGGUUGCAUGAGUUCACUCAAGUUAGCAUAAAUUCACACAUAUUGAUAGGAACUUGCCCUACCUUGAUAAAUCAUGAUGAACUAUUGGAAGUCUAAAAGCAGUAUUCUUCAAAACUCAAGCUUGCUGGUCUAAAGAUUCAGCAUACUCGCUCGUACUUGGGAUCUACUUGCCAAGUUGGUGAGUUCAAAGACGAUCCACAACUUUUUCUUAGCAAGUUACCAUCUGCUCUCCAUCAGCCCUGUAAUGAUGAAGAGAACCCUGGCAUAAUCAAAAGAUAAUUGUGGAUUUAAUUAAAUUUCAAGGAAAAUGGUUUCUAUUUCUAGUCCUAAUGGAAAAUGUGCCAAUGAAAUUCAGGAAGAAACAGGACAAACUACAUCUCCCAAUUGGAAAAAAAAUCAGAUCCCUCCGGACUUGCGGGCAUCUCGUAGAGGACUAUUAGAUGAAAAAGAGAGAAGUAUUAUGGUUCUAAAAUUUUUCAGAUUCUUUCCUAAUAGCGCCAAAUAUUUGAAACUCGGGCCUUCUCCAUCAGCCAAGUUCUGGCAGAUUGCUGAAGAAAAGGAUGAAGUUUCUCGUUCAGUUACUUCAGCUGAUCUAAACCACUCUUCCAGAUUCAGUAUUCCGUUUGUUAGGAAAAUUGAUUGGGCUUCUCUGUGGCAACUCUCGAAAACAUGGAUUCGAAAUCCAAUGAAUAUGGCCCUCUUCAUUUGGAUCCUCUGUGUUGCUAUUUCUGGUGCCAUUUUGUUCAUGGUGAUGACCGGAAUGUUAGACGGCAUAUUGCCAAGGAAAUCCCAGCGAGAUGGCUGGUUUGAGGUCAAUAACCAAAUCCUAAAUGCUUUAUUUACACUUAUGUGCCUCUAUCAACACCCAAAGAGAUUAUAUCAUCUUGUUCUUCUGAUCAGGUGGAGGCCAGAAGAUGUUCUGAAACUCAGAAAGUUGUAUUGCAAGAAUGGGUUAUAUAAACCAAAUGAAUGGGUGCAUAUGAUGGUGGUAGUAUUUCUUCUCAAUGUAAAUUGCUUCGCUCAGUAUGCUUUAUGCGGUCUAAACUUAGGAUACCCUCGAUCAAAGAGACCCGCCAUUGGAGUUGCUAUCUGCCUAUCCGUUUCAAUCGGAGCUCCCGCUUUUUCUGCCGUCUAUAGCAUGCUGAGUCCACUUGGAAGAGACUACGAGACUAACGUUGAUCAAGAAGCACAAACCGAAGUCGUCAAGCCUGCUCAACCCCGGCUUAAGUCGUUCGAAAGAAAAUAUUCGUUCGCAUUGCAGGGAAAUCAACGGGCUCCGGAGAACAAUCCACAAUGGAUUGGAGGAAUAUACGAUUUGUGGGAUGAUAUUUCGCUUGCAUACCUGUCGGUCUUCUGCAGCUGCUGUGUUUUUGGAUGGAACAUGGAGAAGCUUGGGUUCGGUAACAUGUACGUGCACAUCAUGACUUUCUUGCUCUUUUGCAUCGCGCCCUUCUUUAUCUUCAACCUCGCAGCUGUUAAUAUUGAUAACGAGGCUGUUCGAGAGACGCUGGGAGUGGCUGGAAUUUUGCUUUGUGUGUUUGGUUUGCUGUAUGGGGGUUUUUGGAGGAUUCAGAUGAGGAAGAGGUUUAAGCUGCCAGCUUAUACAUUCUGCUGUAACGAACCUUCAGUUUCUGAUUGCUUUCUGUGGCUUUGUUGUUGUUCUUGUGCUCUUGCUCAGGAGGUGAGAACAACAGACUACUAUGAUAUUGUUGAAGACAAAUUUUUCUUGAAGAAUACAACUAAUGGCAAUGGAUUUCCAGUUUCCCCUUUGCGUCGUGAGGAUGCUUUGCCUCCCUAUACAUCAAAAUCUCCGAGUAGGUUCGCUCCGGGGAGUCCUAGUUCUCCCCAUGGAGGGAACUUAAGUCCAUUGGAGUUGAUGAAAGAAUCAACAACUCCAACAAGGUCUCCGGGUAGGUUUGCUCCAGGGAGUCCUUUGCCAGUGGUGGAGGAAGAUGAAUCCUUCGGAAGCUCUAUUGAUCCUAUGAAACCUCCAGUUUCUCCUCUGAUACAAAGAGAAGCCGGUCCAGCGCCAUGAUAUAUAUGGUUUUUUUAAGUACAGGCCUGUAAGUAUGUCUUAGAGACUCGUUCAAUUCUUAUGUUUUUCUUCUGAUCUGCGAAACUGUUUUCUGUAAAUGAUUUCUCCAGUGUUUAAAUGAUAUUUCGUUGAAUUACAGGAA